AUGCAGUCGCGACAUACGUAUACAAAAUUAUUUGUACGUUGUUUUUUAAGGAUUAUUGGAUUAUUUCCAUUAUUCUUGGAUAUCAAUGGCAAUCCGAUAUUCUCUUAUUUGGGCCUAUUUUUCAAUCUAUGUUUGGUCUUUGCUUAUAUUUUUAUGUCUAUUAUUGCUUUCCAAAAACGAAUGACGUUGGUUUUGCCCAAAGAAACUGUGGUAGCCCAAAUAGUUGAUAUGAUUGCAGAUGGGCUUGAAAACUUAAAUAUUAUCAGCUGUCUACUAGUCGUAGCUUUUCGACAAAAGUGUCUGGUAAAAUUUUAUGAAAAGUUAAAAGCUAUCGAUUUACGAUUAUACGAUAUCAACGUGAAACAUUGUAAAACAUUUGACAUUAAUAUGAAUAUCAUAUCCUUGGGGCGAAAAUUAACUAUAGUUGGUAUUAGUUUCUUUAUCAUCUGUACGGUGGAUCAUUUGAGAUUGUUAUUUGACAAUUAUUUAUUGAGUAUUAGAUUUUGGAUAGCUUACCAAUCUACAAAAAUAGUAAUUUACAACUUGAUUAUUGUAUUUUGUGAAACAAUGAUUUUUUUUAGGAAAAGUUUUGCAAAAUUGAACCUAUUAUUCCAACAAUCUUCGUCCAGUUAUGAUAAAAUUCAAGAUAUCGGACAGUUGCAUAAAAUUUUGAGCGAACUCGUUGAUGAUUUCGUAGGAUUCUAUAGUUUUAUGGUCGGCAGCACAAUUGUGCAUAAUUUUAUACAUUUGUCAUCAAAUAUGUACCGUAUUUAUUUAUUUUUGAAAUUCAACGGAGAUUGGAGUUUACUAGAUUUUUUAGAUUUUACGUCAAUCAUGAUUUGGUUAAAUGUAAAAAUAUUAAUUCUUUAUUUUCUGUGUGCACUGCCAGCAGCUGUUUCUGAGGAGGCGAAUAAAAAAUCCAUUUUUAUACACAGAAUGCUUAAGGCGGUUAGGGAGAAUGAUCUUACAUCUAAUAAUAAGAGGAUAGCCAGGCUUUUAACUAUAUUAUACCAAACUAAUCUUGAAAUAUCGGUUUACGGAGUUUUUAUUCUAGACUUCAAGUGUUUUCAGAGUAUUUUAACAACGUCUACUAUGUAUAUUGUAUUCAUGAUCCAGCUUGAGCAUCUUAAAUGA